GCUGUACUGGUCGGGUUUGGAUUACACGGUGCUGUCUGUCUUGUCCGCGCUGUGGACAACAGCUGACAGUUUCAGAGUAAAAAGAAAAGAAUAUGUGUGUAUAAAUUCGCAAAUGGAUUCACGUUAGGCAAAGUGUUGCCAGGAAUGUAUACCUCGUGUUGCAUGCGCCUUGUAAAGAGGAGGGUGUUGUGUGUUUAUUGUGGGAGCUAACGUGCGUUUGUGCUGUGUGAUCGCUCAGUACCAGGCAGUCUGCGAUCUGAUGACGGAACAGGGGCAAUAUACCACGGAAUGGGGACACGGUAACCGGAGCCAGAAAUGAACGAGAGAAUUUUGCAAACGCUGUUUUUAGCACUUGUUGAAGCUUUGCUUGUGCCAAGUGUUACAGGUGACUGUUUGCAUUCUGGAUCAAGCUAUUUGAAUAACACAGUGUGGCAGCCGGACUCCUGCUCCAUCUGCACGUGUGAAGACCCUGUGGUGAUCUGUGAAAACAUCCAGUGUAUAGACCCACACUGCAACUUCAAACAGGGAGAACACUUGCAGAUUCCUGCUGGUGGGUGUUGCCCUGUAUGUGUGGGACAGCUGUCACCAUGUCGCUUUGAAGGCCAGUCUGUGUCAAGAGUUCUGUUCCAAAAAGGAAGCAGGUAUUAA